AUGCAAGAAAUGUUUUCAGUGUAUCUUGAAAGUCGGUCGCGAAUAUCAUUCAUCGAACUGUAUGUCGAGUUCGAGCAAUCUGCAGUGGACCGAGACAUUGAAUUGGAAGAUUACAACAGUGAUAGUGAAGAAGAGUUCGAAAGUAAUUACGAGGUUGUUGAUCCGGGUGCAGACGAAGAUCAAGCUGACGAGGCUAUGGUGGCAGAUGUGGCAGAUGUGGCAAAUGCACUAGCAAACCAGCAGCCUUUUGUGGAGCCGAGUUUCAUGCGGUCGUUGGAUUUGGAGGCUAUGCAUGCGCCGGAGUUUCCUCAAUAUGUAAAUGCAGUGAACCUAUUGGCUAAGAAAUAUAGUGUUUUCCGUCAAUCUCCUUACAGUCGACACGAGUUGCCCUACACAACGCUCUGUACAGCAGAGCUUCCGCUUAUGCCAGAUGGCGAGUUUACUGUGGGAAUGGAGUUCAGUUCUAGGGAGGCAGUAAUUAAGGCGAUGAAAGACUAUACAAUCCGCAGAGGUGUAGAUUAUCGGGUGUAUGAGUCAGAACCGACGACAUUCUAUGCUAAAUGCACCCAGUAUGGUGCAGGAUGUGAUUGGCUGAUCAGGGUGACCAAAAUGUCCAGAAAGUUCUGCUGGGAGAUAAGGAGGUACAAUGGAAGUCACACCUGUACUAGGGCCACCAUUUCUCAAGAUCAUGCGAAGCUGGAUUCCAACACAGUUGCGGAAGCAAUAAAGCCAUUGGUAGAAGUUGACCCGUCUAUAAGGGUGAAGUCAGUGAUUGCGGAAGUACAGGCAAAGUUUAACUACACCAUAAGUUAUCGCAAAGCAUGGUUGGCAAAACAGAAGGCAGUGGAGUCAAUUUUCGGUGGGUGGGAAGCUUCUUACGAAGCCUUGCCGAUAUGGUUUGAGGCUAUGUGUCACAAGGAGCCAUCCGCAGUCGUUCAUUUUGAAACGAUGCCUGCGUAUCAGGGAGAUGACUUGGUUCCUAAUAUUCGUGUACUACACCGAGUCUUCUGGAGUUAUUACCCUUGUAUUAGAGCAUUCAGACAUUGCAAGCCAAUAGUGCAGGUAGACGAAACUCAUCUGUAUGGAAAGUACAAGGGUUGUUUGUUGGUUGCAGUCUCACAGGAUGGCAACAACAACAUCGUGCCGAUUGCAUUUGCGAUAGUUGAGGGAGAGACAUCUGAGGCUUGGCACUUUUUUCUGAGUAACCUGAGACAGCAUGUCGUGACACGUGAUAGUGUCGGCCUUAUCUUCGAUCGGCACGAUUCCAUUAGAGCUGCUAUUGCUCGUAGUAAUGGAGCUUGGUCUCCUCCAAGAGCAUUCCAUAUGUUCUGUAUCAGACACAUAGAGUCCAACUUUCUCAGGAAAUUCAAGGCUCCGUAUCUGCAGAAACUAAUCGUCAACAUCGGAUACUCGCGAACAGUUCGCGAGUAUGAGACACGUUAUCAGCGUUUACGCGAGCGGGGUGAGGCUUAUACCGACUGGUUGGAUCGGAUUCCGCGUGAGCAGUAUGCGUUAGCGUUUGAUGGGGGAUAUCGAUGGGGUCACAUGACAACGAAUCUAGUGGAAUGCAUCAACUCGGUUCUGAAAGGGGCUCGCAAUCUUCCAGUCACGGCACUUGUUAAGGCAACGUUUUACAGGCUUAAUGAGUUGUUCACCCGGAAAAGAGCCGAGGCCGAGGCUCGAAUUAACGCAGGUCAUGUGUUCUCUGAGCUUGUAACCUCCAAAUUGCAUGCGAAUCAGCGGGCAGCAGGUAACAUCCAAGUUAGUUGCUUUGACCGACAGAACGAGGUAUUCGAAGUGCGUGAGUUUCCCAGUGGGGUGGAGUAUGUCGUGGAUCUCCGUCGUCAACGGUGUGACUGUGGUGAAUUUCAAGUGGACCGGGUUCCGUGUCGACAUGUGUUUGCUUGUUGUGCAAACCAACGACUGGAUUGGCAACUGUAUGUACAUGAUGUCUACAAGAUGGACCAGGUUCGACGAGUGUAUAGGGCUAGGUUUAGGCCCCUCGGGAAUCCCACAACAUGGCCUGUUUAUCAUGGACCUCGAUUCGUAGGUAAUCCAUUCCUUAGACGGGUCUCUAAAGGUCGGCCAAGGAUGACCCGUUUCUUGAAUGAGAUGGAUACUCGGAUGUUGCGUGCUCCUAGGCGAUGUAAGCAGUGCGGGGCCGAGGGCCACAGUCGUAGUAGAUGUCGUCAACGUGGUGGUGCAGGUAAUCCGGGUGCGACAACCCAAUAG